UAAUAAAUUCAUAGUAAACAUAAAUCUAUAUUACAUAUUAUUUCUAAAUUUAAAGUGAUUUAAUAACAUCAUUUUUUACAAAAAUAUUUAAUACACUAAAUUUCAAGUUUACAGAUAUUUUAUUAUCCUUAACAAAAUGGGUCCCCGCAGAAUGAUAACUCCAUUAAGAAAUAGUAAAAGUCGCGAGUUAAGGGGCGGUAUGCUGUAUACUGACUGUUUUUGCCUUCGUCGAAAUGGAUUGCAAUAUGACUGUCGUAGAAGUGGUUGCCAAUCGUCUCCACUGUGUGAAAUACAACCAGUUCCGUUAUGUGGUCCGGCUAAAAUUGCAUGCGCUAAACAUAGUUUUAAUCCACAUGCUGAGCCCUUGAGCAUAAUUUGCAAGAUGAGACAUUAGAUCAUUCACAUUAUUGAACUCUUUUGUCGAAAACUUAUUUCUGUUAUAAAAAUUCUGGCAUGUUAGAAAAUUUAAAUUGGAUUAAUAUUUUGUAGCGUGAAUUGAAAUUAGAAACCAUCGCCAGAUGAUUUCUGUCUUCUAUUUAGUACAGAUGUAUUUCGCAUAAAUUUAUUAAAAAAAUCACAUAAAUUCAAAAUUUUUAAGUGAAAAUAUCUCAUCAUAUUUUGAAUAAAAUCAAAGAAAAAUAAGUAAAAUCUGAAAAUCAUCUCUCCUUAACGGUAUCCAAGAUGUGUUCUCCAUGUGGUCCGAUGGUAUGCUAUAAAUAUGAAGACUGCGGCCCACCAAUCCUGAAGUCCAAUGAUGCAGCCCCGAGGACGGAGGAGAGUGGUACAGAAAAAAAGGAUGAAAAAGAAAAUCAACUUAAAAGGACCAAGAGCCGUGAGCUAAGAGGCGGUAUUAUGUAUUACAGUUGCCACUGCAUUAAACGAAAUGGGCUUCAACAUGACUGCAGAAGAACUGGUUGUGGAGGGGAGCCUGCAUGUCUUGUGCUGCCAGAUCCUCUUUGUGCGCCUAGUCAACUUGCUCGUAAUCGGGGACUUGCAGAUCCCGCACCUUUAGCAGCUCAUUAUCGCGCCCAAGGUGGAGGGUCAGCAGGGCCAGCAGAAUCAAGUGCAGGUUCUGGCGGUGGCAAAAGAUUUAUUGUUUGUGAAUUGAAGGGAAUCGUUCCUGAUGUGUCUACAAAGGCUGAGCAAUGUUGUUGUUCUUCUAAGGCGGACAAUACAAAAUUUAAUAAAGAAGCAGCUGCAGGAUUGCCAGUCUUAGUUAUGAAGCUGUGCUAGUGAUAUUUUUAUCCUGUCGAUACAAUAAAUUUAUAAGUAUAAUAA